AAGAAAAAAAAUCGCCUCAACCUCCGCACAAUCACCACUCCCCUGCCGCCCGCGUCCUGCUCAGAUCUGCGGAAUCCAGUCCCACCUCGCCGGCGCCGGCGGAGGCGCGGACCCAGGAUGCCUUCGACCGUGCGGGGCUGCUCCUCGCCCCUGCGCCGCCUCCCCCGCUGCGACGCGCUCUCUUCCCCAUCAGCCUGCUCCCACCGCCUCAAGCUCUGGUCUUGGCGUCCCCAAUCCCUCACCUCCUCCUCUUAACGCCCACCUCCGUCCGUCCGUCGAUCUAUCCUUCCUUCUAUCUACUUCUACCUGCUGCUGCUCUCGCUCACACCGGCUCAAAUUCUUGCUCGCGUCUGUCAUUUCCUCUCGCGCGCUGACUUGUCUGGUGCGUGCUGUACUGGAUCGGAUUGGUUGCUCGCUUUUUGGAUUGGAUCUGUGCCGCUGGGAGUCAGUGCAGCGUGAUUUUGCACUUUUGGUGUAUCACUGCUACUGGCAAGUGAGUGACUUGAUGGAUGGCCGUUCCUGCGUUCUCGAGAAAGUGCCGGGAGUGACAUCUGACGGUAUCUCUCCAACCAGCAGUGCGGGCACUGAUAUUCCGCUGGAGAAGCGCUGUGCCUCGGUUGAUGAAACCUGUGAACAGGCGGAGAGUGACAAUGGUUCGUUGGAGGCUGAGAUGUGUAUGGGUUUCUCAAAGUCAGUCGGUUUGGGAGCAAAGAAAGGCCUCCAGAAGUGUGUGACUUUCCCUCCCUCUUCUGGUGAGGCUCAACAGGAGAGUGGUUCAUGCCGCCAUUCUGAUGAAGGACUGAAGGGUGCUCCUGCUUAUGAGCGUUCAGUGUCCUUACCUCCAACUUUGAAGCUCAUUUCCGCUAUGAAAGGAAGCCGCCAAAAGAAUGGAAUGGCAUCACCAACUGAAAGUCGCCACAUUAAAUGGGCCCCUGACGUGUAUGAUCCCCCUGUGACAUCGGUAUGCCAUUCAGUGAAUAACAGUUACCAGCGUCGGUCCAAGUCCCGCAAGAAGGAGAAGAACAAGCAGAAGAAGCAUAAGGGAAAGUCCAAGAAAAAACACCAGAAUUGUACCCAGAAUUCAUCUGCACUGAAGGCUCCUGAUCUUGGGUUUAAAGAUGUUAGCACCUCUGGUUGUCGGUCUGCACCAGACGACCUUCGCAGACAUGAGGCUGAGAUGGUGGCUUACAGCAUUGGCAAUCAAGAAGCCAAAUGUGGAAGCAGCUUCCUGCACGAGACUAUUGCGAAAAUGCAUUUCUCGAUCGCUGAAGCUUCCUGAAGAGGGCUCGGGCUCUGCAGAUGCGUCAUUGUGUAAAUAUGAUGGAUGUAUAUAAAUAAAUACAGGUUGCUGUUGUCGAGUGUUCCCUGUUACGUACGAAGUGUUUUAGAGCUUCUAGCCUGUUGUGAUUUGGAGCAAUAAGCAUAACCUUUUGAACAUGUUGUGUUUGUAUGUUUAAGAUCUAUCAUUAAUCCACGACUCCGCAAUUGUUGCCUUCA